CCUGAACAGAGUACAGUGAGGCUGGCGGCUGCUGUGGACAGUGACCAUGCAUCGGGUCUCCUCGCUCAGAUUGCCAACGCGUAAAAAGUGUCACUGGAUACUUACUGUGAUCAUAGCAGGUCUGCUGUAUGGUUCUGUCCUCAGUGACAACGUUUGUGAAAGCUUCUACUUACAGCCAAACAAUCAGUCGGGCACACAACAGAAUUUGCGCCCAAAACUGAUAGUCAAUGUCAUUAACUCAAGUUUACACCAACCUUACUCAGUUCCAGAUUGCAAUGAGUCCUGUGAAGUUGAAGUACAAGUACAUGAAAAAGAAUUCUGCAUCAUUCUAAAAAAUGACACCCUGGAAAAGCAAGACAUCAUACUGGUGUUUGCUAAUGCCUCAAUAAUGUCUCUUCUGCCAUCCGUGCUCCACAAUGAAACUACAGACAAUUUUUUCAACCUCAGCCUCAUCACAGACAUGAAGCAUAUUAACAUAACCAAAGACGACCUACAUGAUUGUGAGGAAAAUUCAGCUCAUAAUGGAUGGGCUUGCCAAGCUCAAGACCCAAGAAAAUACAUUUUCUUUAUUUCUUGUAAUCAGUCGAAAUGUUGCAUGUCUUGUAAGCCAUUGCCCAUAUCACCAGCACCACCGUCCACAACAUCAGCACCACCGUCCACAACAUCAGCACCAUCGUCCACAACAUCAGCACCAUCGUCCACAACAUCAGCACCAUUGUCCACAACAUCAGCACCACCCCCGCCUACUCUUGACCUUGAUCCUUUAACAAGCAAAAAUGAGAGCAUUGAUGCAGAAAAAGCAGCAGAUGUUAUGAAAAAUCUCUCUUCCCUGCUGGAAAAAAUGGGCAACGUCAGCACAGCAGCAGUUUCAAUGGGCAAAAUUAAAGGACUGAUCCAUAAGCUUCCCACCAAAAACCAAACCAAGAUCUUUUUUGGAAUUUCCUCACAAGGCGUGAGCAUGGUUGAAAGAGAGACUGAUUUGAAUUCAGUCUUCUCCCGCUCUGUGUAUAUUCCAGAAGAGGCCAGCGCCAUGGCAGUGAAAAGAAACGGCUCUUUAGUCGGAGUUCUUGUUUUUCCAAACAUGACAAAGGAUGAAGAGAACAGCACCGUCCUCAACGAUGAAGUAGUGGGAAUUGACAUGGGGGCCAGCAUAAACAAUCUCUUGCAUACCAUAAACAUUAAUUACACAGGUGUGAACAAGAGCGGAGUCAGCGUCUCUUGCAGUUCCUGGAAUGGAAAAGGAAAAAAACCUAAAUGGACCACAGAGGGCUGUCUGACCGUGGAGAGCAACGACAGCGUCUCAUGCCAGUGCACUCAUCUGACAUUUUUUGCUGUACUGAUGUCGCCUCAGUCUCCAACGACAAACCUAAGCUCUUCAGAUGUGAAAUCUCUGACCUACAUCACGAACAUCGGCUGCGGCCUGUCCAUAUUUUUCUUGGCAGUGGCUCUCUUCAUGCAUUUUGUCAUGAGGAAGGGGACGUCGAGCCAAGCCACCAAGAUCCUGAUGAACCUCUUCAUCGCCAUGUUCUGCCUCAACUUGACCUUCCUGAUAAAUGAAACCAUUGCCAACCUGGGGAACUUCGGUGCAUGUGUUACCAUGGCAGCAGCGAUGCACUAUGCUUUGCUGGCUACUUUUUCCUGGUUUUUCAUACAGGCUCUCCAUUUGUACCUUCAGCUGAGGAGCGCCCCCGCUGCAAUCAAACAUUAUGUGAUAAAGAUCUGUGUCAGCGGAUGGGUCACACCAGCUGUGGUGGUAGCUGUUAUACUGGCCACAGAAAAAUAUAAUCUUAUGGUCAUAAACACAGAUGGUGGGACUUCAGUGAAAAUGUGCUGGAUUUCUGAUGUCAUCGUCAGCCAGGGAGUGAACAUUGGUUAUUAUGGUGUGGUGUUCCUCUUCACUUUUGCUGCGUUCGUUAUGGUUGUGCACCACAUAUCUUUCAUGAGGAAGGCAACAGCGAAAUCCCAGGACAGAGGCUCCCUCAAGACCAACACCGUGUCCAUUCUGGGCCUGUUCCUCUUGCUGGGCCUCACCUGGGCCUUUGCUUUCUUCAGCUACGGCCCUCUGGUCAUACCCUCCUACUACAUCUUCACCAUCCUCAACUCCUUUCAAGGUUUCUUCCUGUUCGUCUACUAUUACAACACCAGCAAGACGGCUGACAGAGGCGCCACAGUCAGCAGUUCAAGCAGCGCCACUACUUCAAACACUGCCAUCACUUCUCCCUAUGCACCGCAACAAUAAAGCUGUGCAUCAGUGGGACAGCUAGUUAGCAGAGGUGGAAGAUAACUAAGUAUAUUUUUCUGAGGUCCUGUGAAAUUUCAAAGUAGUCUGCCUUCACUUCAGUUCCAUACAAUUUAUUUUUGAAUGCACUGCUUUUAUCUAUUUAUUGCAGUUACUUAUUAUAUUGCAGAAUAAGCUUUGGCAUGCGAAAAACUGCUCCGAACCUGAUGAAUUGUUAAACCAGCCAACAUAGAGAGCAGUUAGAGUUAAACUAAAAUACUUCAGUACCAUUUACUGCUAAUAGUUACUGUAUGUACUUAAGUAUCUCUGUGGAUAUAGGAUUAAGUACUUUUUUUGUUUUGUUUAUACAUAAUGACACUUGCCUGCAUGAAUUUAAUGGUAACACUUUAUAACAACCAUCACUAAUAAAUGGUAAACUAAUAGUUAAUUAAAUUUUAGUUAAUAGUAUAUUUUUACAGUUAACAAACAAUUAAAUGAUAAUUAGUAAUGUUUAAUUAUUAUACAUUAGACUGUUUAUUUACAGUUUGCUGUUGCACACAUUAUAACAUUUUAUUUACUAUAUUAACUAUUUGUUAAUGACUGCGUAAUGAUUUAUAAACCUUUAAGGAAUUGUUUGUAAAACAUCUACAAACAUUACGUUCUUAGAUUAAUUUUAGUGAGGGGACAGGGGAUCUUCAGGGGGAAAUAAAAGUAGAUGCCAAGCAGAAGUGGUAAACAUCAU